CUGCGUGAGGAGCGGUGAUUGAAGGGGAGAGCAGAGCGGCGGCGGCGGCGACGACGACGGCCAUCUUAGAGCUACCGUGGUAACCGACACUCAUCUUCUGGAUUUUAUUUUUCUUGUUAGAGAAAACACUCCGCCUGACUGAGGAGGGAAGAAGAAGGUUGUCUUUUACUUCACCGCGGUUGAACUCGAAGUCGGGAUGCGGUUCCGAGGGAAUAAACGAUUUGCAUCCGCUGUCGGACUGGUCCUCGGACUAUUAUGUGCGGUGGAGGCAGCUAAAGUCAAUAAGCACAAACCCUGGAUUGAGACGACAUACCACGGGAUUGUAACGGAAAAUGAUGACAAAGUACUUCUGGACCCCCCUCUAAUUGCACUGGACAAGGAUGCUCCCCUACGCUAUGCAGAGAGUUUUGAGGUGACCCUCACUGAAGAAGGUGAAAUUUGCGGCUUCAGGAUCCACGGGCAGAAUGUCCCAUUUGAGGCAGUGGUCCUGGACAAGUCCACUGGCGAGGGUGUCGUCCGAGCCAAGGACAAGCUUGACUGUGAGCUGCAGAAGGAGCACACCUUCACCAUCCAAGCCUACGACUGUGGAGAGGGUCCUGAUGGCGCCAACAUGAAGAAAUCCCACAAGGCCACUGUCCACAUCCAAGUCAACGACAUCAAUGAGUAUUCACCCGUGUUCAAGGAGAAGUCCUACAAAGCCACCGUUAUCGAGGGAAAAAAAUAUGACAGCAUCUUGAAGGUGGAGGCAGUCGACGCCGACUGCUCGUUCCAGUUUAGCCAAAUCUGCAACUAUGAGAUCGUCACCCCUGAUGUGCCCUUCACCAUUGACAAAGAUGGCUUCAUCAAGAACACAGAGAAACUGAGCUACGGCAAAGAGCGCAUGUAUAAGCUGACUGUGACUGCCUACGACUGUGGAAAGAACCGUGCCUCCGAGGAUGUGCUUGUCAAGAUCAGCGUCAAACCCACCUGCAAACCCAGUUGGCAAGGGUUCAAUAAGAGGAUUGAAUAUGAGCCUGGCACAGGCAGCCUGGCCCUUUUCCCCAGCAUGCACUUGGAGACCUGUGAUGAGCCAAUCACCUCCAUCCGAGCCAGUAUUGAACUGGAAACCAACCAUAUUGGGAAGGGCUGUGACCGUGACACUUACUCUGAGAAGUCGCUGCACAAGCUGUGCGGAGCCAGCUCCGGCACCGUGGAGCUCCUUCCUGCACCCAGCAGCUCCUCCAACUGGACAGUAGGGCUGCCCACCGAUAAUGGGCAUGACAGUGACCAGGUGUUUGAGUUCAAUGGUACCCAGGCCAUCAAGGUCCCUGAUGGCAUGGUGAGCACCAGCAUGAAGGAGCCCUUCACCAUCUCUGUAUGGAUGAGACAUGGCCCUGGGGCCCAUGAGAAAGAGACCAUCCUCUGCAACUCUGACAAGACAGAGAUGAACAGACACCACUACUCACUCUACGUCCACAACUGCAGACUGAUCCUCCUCCUCCGUCAGGAUCCAUCAGAGGCUGAGAACUACAAACCAGCAGAGUUUCACUGGAAACUUGACCAGGUGUGUGACAAAGAGUGGCAUCACUAUGUGCUGAAUGUGGAGUUCCCCACCAUGUCUUUGUUUGUGGAUGGGACUACCUUUGAGCCCUUCCUGGUUACAGAGGACUACCCACUGCAUGCCACCAAGAUUGAAACACAGCUCACUAUUGGUGCCUGCUGGCAAGACAACUCAGGACAUGACAAUGACACUGAGACAGUCUCUGAGCCCACCUCAGGCGGAAAUGCUCGAAUGGCUCAGUUUUUCCGGGGGAACCUAGCGGGGCUGAUGAUCCGCUCUGGCAAACUGGAGAACAAGAAGGUGAUCGACUGUUUGUACACCUGCAAGGAGGGCCUGGAUGUGCAGCUGCCUGAGGAGGUGGCGUCAGCUGUCAAGGUGGAGUUCAACCCUAACCUGUCCUCUCUGACCGUGGAGGGCGACGACAUCGAUGCCUUUGACAAGGUCAUGCAGCACAUCUCCUACUUGAACUCCCGCCAGUUUCCGACCCCUGGCAUCAGACACCUUCGAAUCUCCACCACUGUCAAAUGCUUCAAUGAGGAGUCCUGCGUAACGGUGCCAGAUGCUGAGGGUUAUGUGAUGGUACUGCAGCCCGAAGAACCGAAGAUCAGCCUGAGCGGAAUUGACCACUUCGCCCGCAGCGCUGCUGAAUUCGAGAGCCAGGAAGGUGUGACGCUGUUCCCCGAGCUACGCAUCGUGAGCACCAUCACCCGCGAAGUAGAAGCCGACGCCGAAUCUGAAGCUGCAGAAGGAGCUGAUGAUGACCCCACGGUCCAAGAGACAGUGGUGUCAGAGGAGAUCAUGCACAACCUGGACACAUGUGAAGUGACAGUGGUGGGAGACGAACUGGAUGGGGAGCAUGAGAGCCUGGAGGUGGACAUGUCCCAUCUGCAGCAGCGUGGUCUGGAGAUGAGCUCUUCUAACCUGGGCCUUGUCAUCACAGGUGUGAACACCAUGGCCAACUAUGAGCAGGUCCUGCACCUAAUCCGUUACAAGAACUGGCACACCGAGGCUCUCUUUGACAGGAAAUUCAAGCUGGUCUGCUCUGAGCUCAACGGUCGCUACAUCAGCAAUGACUUCAAGGUCGAGGUGAACGUAAUCCACACAGCCAAUCCCUUGGAGCAUGUUAACAAUGCCAUGGUGCAGCCCAAUUUCAUUAACCCCGUCCAUCAUGCCUCUGUGGAUCUGUCUGGUCACAACCUGGUCAACGCUCACCAGGCCUCAGUGGUUCCCAGCGCUGCCACCAUUGUCAUUGUGGUGUGUGUUAGCUUCCUGGUGUUCAUGAUCAUCCUGGGUGUGUUCCGCAUCCGAGCUGCACACCAGCGAACCAUGAGAGACCAGGAGAAUGGCAAGGAGAACGAGAUGGACUGGGAUGACUCAGCUCUCACCAUCACUGUCAACCCCAUGGAGACGUACGAGGACCAGCACAGCAGUGAGGAGGAGGAAGAAGAGGAGGAUGAGAGCGAGGAUGGAGAGGAGGAAGAUGACAUCACGAGCGCUGAGUCAGAGAGUAGCGAAGAUGAGGAGGGCGGGGAGCCGGAAGACCAGCAGGGGGCCAGCAGACAGCAACAGCUGGAGUGGGACGACUCCACCCUCACCUACUAAAACAGCAUACACAGACACACACAUCAACAAACACAGAUGACACUCAACAUAAGGUCUCUCUCGCUCUCUCUUUCUUUCUCUCUCUCUCUCUCUCUCUAACUCUCCCACACUCACACACUCACACACACACACACACACACACACACACGCAUACACCACCAACUCACACCAACUCAGAUCCUCAUACUCACUGCUUCACACCCCCCUCCCUCACAGUUUCAUGUCAAAGGAGCCAUGAUGUAAAAAUAUAAAAAACAAAAACAAAAAUUCCCUUCGGCGUAUAUAUGGUCAAGGUUUUCCUGUUGUUAUCUUAGUGGUGGUACUCAGUGUAGUGUAAUCAUCACCAGAUUGCUGAUUUUUACUGUUUAUUUUUUUAUUUAUUAUAUUUUAAUUCCCAGGAAAACUUGGCCUACAUUUGUUUUGAACUGUGUGAGGAAGCCAACCCUGCACUUUUUGUUUUCUCUGACGUAAGGCGUUCAAAUGAAGAAUAAUUUUUUUCCCUGAUGUAUAUUCUUGCUUAAUGCUUUUAGAUUUGUUUGCCUCUAAACUCACGUAAAGCUUUGACUUGAGUUUUUUUGACUUGUAGUCCACAGUGAAACAAAAUGCUAUUUUCUUUUCUUUUUCUUUUUGUUUUAGUGCAUGAGGAUAAUUGACAAGUCAUGUGUAGAGAAAUGAAUUGCUUUUUAAAGAUUUUGUAAAUAUAAAGAAACCAUGUAAUUAGUCGAUGUGUUAGUGAAGGCCUACUCAACAGGGUCCAAUAUCUAAAAUGACGCAGUACGUAAUGUAGAAUAUUUGUGUCACAGAGGCUGUAGCAUGUUGCAAAAUUUCCGCAAAAGCUGUUCCAUCAUGCUUGUACAAAAAUUUCUGCUUCAUGUUGAGAAACCCAGGACUGUUAAGCGGAGGUUUCCAUGACAAAGUGGUGUCUAUUUUGUCUUUUAUUUUUUGCAAAGAGAAAAAUAAUUUCUUUUACUUUCUUGUAGGCAGGACUGGUCGAUGGUUUCAGCUUCAUACAUGCUUUGCUUUGCUUGCACAGGUGGCAAUGCUCUACUCCAGGCGUCACGUGUAUUUCAUUCCCAAUAGAUCUCACUGUUGUACAGAAGGGAUUUUCUUUUCGUUCAAAUUAAUCAUACUCAGAGAAAUGCUAAUGUACAAAUCGACAUUUUGUGUGGAAGGGUACAAACACCAGACCAGCAGGUUCUGUAGUUCUGUUAAUCUUGAAAUAUGAAAAAUAUGAACAUUUCUGCCAGUGUACUUGGACAAAUAGAGAGAUUUCCUCAGCAGCUUUAAAAAGUCUUUCGCCCAUGUCCCAGUCGUGCUGUGCUGACAGAAGUAGGGAGGAAAAAACCCUUCAGACUACGGAAGAAGCAGAUUUAUGACAGACAGAGCUUCAGUGGUGUCUGGUUGAAUAGUGCAGUUGCUGACAUUGUUUUUGGGAAGAGAAGUGGAACGAAAGUACUUUUCAGGAUUUCUCUGUUGCAACUUUAACUUCCAUGGCACGGCUAUUUAAGCUGAAAUAAUAACACAUAUAUUAGAUGCAUUUUUAAACUGAUUUCGUAUUACAAAAUAAGCUGUCUGCAUUGUAGUUUAUGGGAUUACAACUGAAAGCAUGACUGCAUAAUUUACAAUAGGAGAACACUUUAAAAAUGAAUCAUCAUCUUGUUUGAAUCUUUAAAAUGAAAUAUUUUUUGCAUUAGACCACUAGAUUUUAUUGUACAUGAAACUGUACUGUAGAGUUGUUCUAAGAUAUGUGUUUACAUUUGGUAAACUUAUUUUCCUUCUGGUAUUAGUAUAAAGCCUAUACAACUGAUUGGGAUCAUGUGUCCAACCUUUGUCCUCUCAGACAGUAACUAUUUAGUGUUUGUCUCAUUUUUUUUUGGGUACCAAGUAAAAUUUAAAAAAUUUCCCAAACCUACAUUAAUAAAAGCAGAUCAGAUUUGGGGCAUUGCAGUGAGCAGAAUGUGGCAUUAUCAGAAACACAUAAAAGGCUCUCAUUGGAGACAGUUUCCAGGCUACUUUGGAGGAUUUGAGUCGCACAGUUGUGUUUGACUUUUAAGUUCAAUUAAUUUAUAAAUUUUAGAGGUCUUUGGUGGAAAUUUAGUGAACAGUCUCCCCUCCAUGAUAACUUGGACUUGUAAAAAGGAGGCCAGGUCUGAGCCGGCUGAGAUGGGAGUGCCUUUUGCCUUUUUCGAUCAUAGUGAAAUUAGCAGGUCUAACAAAAACACUAAUCCAUGCUCUUUUAUUUGUAGCUUUUUUUUUCAUUUGUAUUUGUUUAGUGCUAGAUUUCUUACAGAGCUGGGGAUGACAUUUUUCUUUGUUUGUUGUAACAAUAGUCCACUGCUAGUUUUAUUAAAAGUGACAAACAUUUCACAUAAAUGUCAGGUGUCCAUGUUGAUGUGUAGAGGAAGUAGAACCAUAUUGUAUCUUCUAUAGAUAUUGUACUAAAUCAUAUUGUACUAAAUUAUAUUGACGGAAUCCACCUUUAAAAAGAUGCACAGUACGUAAUGGGAUUGCUUUGGCAGGAUACAUGGGUAUACUGUUAAUUGACCUAUUUGUGUUUAGUGGAAGGUAAUGUUGAACAGCGUCCUAUUGCCUGAGUUGUUGAGGAAUGAUUCUGAGGGCAGCAUGAAAUUCACAAGAAUAUAAGCCUGUCGACUCUGAAAUUCCCAGUUUCAUCAUGUCAAACACUUAAUGUCCACAUUUCAUCUACAGUUUAAAGUACAAUAUCAUGGGUCACUGAUAUGUGCACACUGGGUUAUAUGCUUUCUGAUCAGCCCCUGAACUAAGUGUAAGUUGGUUGAAUUGAAUGUCACUGCCUAACAAGCUGAAAUGCAGCCAUAUUGUAAUAACACUAAGUGUAAGGGGAAUUUACUUUGCAUGAACCACGAGUUUGUGUACGUUCCAUGUGGGGUUAUGAGACUGGAGUGAGAAAGGAGACAUGAUACACUACUGAUUCUCAUACUGUCUGUUUCACACGUCCACAACACUCCAGAUAAAUAUUUUUUUGUUUUUCUUUUAAAAAUCUGCUCAAAAUGGAGGGUGACUGUUUUUUGACUGGUUGGAUGCUUCCUUUGUGCUUGUUGGAGCUGCUCUCACUUUUCUACCAAUUGAAAGACAAAUUGUAGUGAAGCUGAUGCUUGCUCACAAACAAAAUAAAAGGAUGAUGAGAUGGGGUAUAA